GACACACUUGCAGUGAGGUCGUAAAACAAGCAACCAGAGAGAGGUACGAACGUGAAAGGGGAAUCUCACUAACCAAUUUAAUCAAAAAAAUGCUGUUUGCUGUGUUUAUUAUCUUUGGUGUUAUCUUACAAAAUGAAGAGGGAAUAGCAGAGAAAAGAAAUUUAGAUAGUUUCCCUUUCUGUGGAUGGAGGUUUAGGAAAAGCGCUCAAAGCAGACAUUUUUCUUGGAGCACGUUGAUGAAGAACUACGAGUAUAACAAGCGCAUCGUUGGAGGAAAGGAAAGCAAGCAAGGUUCUUGGCCUUGGCAAGUUGCUCUGUUCUACAAUGGCACUCAGCUCUGCGGCGGCUCUCUUGUUAACCACAACUGGAUUGUUACUGCGUCACAUUGUUUUCACGAGACGUACAGCUCUACGGAUCCUAAGAUGUGGACCGCAACUUUAGGGGAGCACAAACUGAAGAAGGAAGAAUCUUUUGAGCAAAUAAGGGAUAUUGAAAGAAUCAUUCUUCAUCCAAAGUACAAAUCAAUGCUAUUUGAAGGCAUCUUUGACACGCCACCAGAUUAUGACAUUGCUCUCGUAAGACUCAAAGAACCAGCCAUCAUGGACGAGAAUGUGUACCCAAUCUGUCUUCUGCGUCCCCACACCAAGUUCCACUGGGGAAAAGUUUGCUAUAUCUCUGGAUGGGGCCAUACCAAGUUCAACGGCACGCAACCAGAGGCACUCAACGAGGCCCAGUUAAAGCUAGUCUCCACAAAUACCUGUAACAAAAAACUCUCGUAUUCAGGAAAGAUCCAUGGUAGAGCACUGUGUGCUGGGUUUGAAAAGGGAGGCGUGGAUUCAUGUCAGUUCGAUAGUGGAGGACCGCUCAGCUGUGCAGUGAAUGGACAAUACUUCCUGACCGGGGUGGUGUCGUGGGGACAUAAGUGCGCCAGUCCUCACAAGUAUGGUGUGUACUCUAACAUGAUGGUGAUGACGCCUUGGGUGUUUGAGAAGAUGAGGAACAUAGACGGGAUCUGAAGCCGGGAACUUAUGGCUCAAUGGGUUAGGUUUAUGGUGUCGUCACGCAACGCUUCUCUCCUCCUUGUGGUACUGAGAAAAGCGUUGCGUGACCACCCUAGGACUUCGUCUGUUAGGAAGCCCCCCCAGGGGGAAGUGGGUUAGAGGGAGAAGAAGAGAUAGAACGCCAACCUUUUACUGUUAAUGAACAAGAACUGAAUAAUCAAGAAAUAUUUUUUACUAUUCUAA